AUGGUCACAAACGGCUCAGCCAAUACUACUGUGAAAUCCCCCGCGGGCUUGGCGCACCUGGUAUUGCAAACAUCUCAGUUCAAACCAAUGGUGGCAUUCUACAAAGCAUUCUUAGGCGCCCACGCAAGCUACGAGAAUGAAAUUCUCUGCUUCCUAACAUACGACGAUGAGCACCACCGCAUCGCCAUCGGUCAUGUCCCAGGCACGACCCCCAAGGCUCCGCAAUCGGCAGGGCUCGCGCACAUGGCGUUCUCAUUCGAGACACUUGACGAUCUCCUCCUCGCCUAUCAGCAGCGUAAGGCCCGCGGGAUCCUGCCAUUCUGGUGUGUAAACCAUGGACCUACGACGAGCAUCUACUACCAAGACCCCGACGGCAAUCAGAUCGAGACCCAGGUGGACAACUUCGCGACGGCCGAGGAUGCAACGGCGUUCAUGAUGUCUCCGGAAUUCGCCGAAAAUCCAAUCGGGGCGGACUUUGUGCCCGAAGAGCUGAUCGAGAAGGUGGCAAAGGGGGAGGAUCGGAGGACUUUGGCGAAAAGGCCUAAUGUAGGGCCGAGGGGCAUCGAGGGAUUGCCGCUUCCGCCCGAGCCUGACGUUCGAGACAGCUAUGAUCUUAUCGAUCCUGUAUCCUAA